GUGAGCUAAUGGAACCAUCGAGUCCAAAAACGCGCAUGCGCACCAUGCGUCCAUCUCUUUCCAUUUUAGCAUCGAAUUAUUUAUGUCCAUUGCUUGAAUUUAUGAAUACAUUUAUAAUACUUUGUAAACAACACUAUCCUUUAUAAAACAUUGCUAAUAUCUGAUGACGUUUGGGAUACCAAGAGAUAUAUGCUCCUUAUCUAUCAUCUUUUGAAGACUGAAGAAAAAUGUUGUACUGAAGAGAUAUAUAACACUGUUUCUAUAAAUCUUUGGCAGAAUUACUGUGAAAUAUUUCCUCUGAACUGUGAUUAUUAGCAAAAUGUGUACACUGAUUGUAGUGUCUACAAGAUGAGAUUGUGUAAACUAAACUUGAAUAAAUUUACAAGAGUUCUUAGACAAAGGUAACACUAGACAAAAAUACAGCAGUAUGAGUAAUUGUAAAGAAUAAAGUAUAAGAACAAAAGCAAGAAAUAUAUAUGCAUUGUGAUUUGAGAAGGUAAAUAAUGGAAAAGAUCGAGAAAUCUGAGGAAAUGAUUUUUCCUGAAGGUAUGAUAAAAGAGAAAAGUAAAUUGUCAUACAACUGUGAUAUCUGUAAAAAGUCCUUCUCUCAAAAAGGUAACCUGAAAACUCACAAACGUAUUCAUACAGGGGAGAAGCCAUAUCAUUGUGAUAUUUGUGGUAAAUCAUUCACUGGAAGUAUUGACUUAACUAGGCAUGUACGCAUUCAUACAGGUGAAAAACCAUAUCAUUGUGAUAUCUGUGGUAAAUCCUUCUCUCAAAGUGUUGUCUUAACUACACACAAACGUAUUCAUACAGGAGAGAAGCCAUAUCACUGUGAUAUCUGUGGUAAAUCAUUCUCUGAACGUAGUGCAUUAACUAGACACAGCCGUAUUCACACAGGGGAGAAGCCAUUUCAUUGUGAUAUCUGUGGUAAAUCAUUCUGCAGAAGUAGUGACUUUACAAAACACAACGUAUUCAUUCAGGAGAGAAACCAUAUCACUGUGAUAUCUGUAAUAAAUCAUUCUCUCAAGGUAAUAACUUAGCUAAACACAUAUAUAUUCAUACAGGAGAGAAGUCAUAUCACUGUGAUAUCUGUGCUAAAUCAUUCUCCACAAGUAGUGCCUUGACUUCUCACAAACGUGUUCACACAGGGGAAAAACCAUAUCACUGUGAUAUCUGUGGUAAAUUAUUCUCUCAAAACAGUGACUUAACUAAACACAGACGUAUUCAUACAAGAUAAAAGCCAUCCCAUUGUGAUAUCAAUGGCACAUCAUUCUCUGGAAGUCUUCAAUUAGCUAAAUGCAAACAUAUUCUUAGAGGAGAGAAACCAUGUCACUGAUGUAUGUGGUAAAUCUUUCACUGAAAGUAGCCACUGAUGCAGACAUGUAUAUAUUCAUAUACAAGUAUAACUAUAUCAAUGUAAAAUUUCAUAGCAACAACGAAUAUUUUGACCUUUACCUAUAGUGUGAAUAGCCUUGUGGGUUUUAAUCUCAGCAAUAACUGACACGUUGAGGCACUGUAUUUUUAGCUGUCAUUUUCAGCUGGUUGACCCUUCUUGAUGCAACUCACUUUAGAUAUCUCCUAUAGCAUACAGUGAUAUUGAUUUUAGUUAAAAUUCCUCUAUAAGAUAAAAAAUUGCUCAUCUGUAUCAAUAUGUAUUCAUAUAAAGAAGGAGAUACAACAGUGUGUGGCAACUGCCUCCCAAUACUACAUUUUAUUUCACAACAACUAUAUUUUCACAGGUGAGAUAAUUUAUGUCUGGGAUAUUUUUAAUAAAGGCAAUUUCUUCUCGCUUUUGAAUUCGUAUUGAUCUGAAACUAUGUUGAAACUAAUAUUGUUAUAUUUGGGAAAAGCUAUAAUUAAUAAAGUCUAAUACAUGUUU